CAGAGGUAGGAAUAAAACUCGCCAACAUCUGCUGGCUAUAAAUAGAAGCCGUGACGAACCUUGGGAUUUUUUGCUAGUUUCGGUUUUAUCUUGGUUUGACAUAAACAGUGUUUUCUUCUAUCGUGAUCUAUGUAGAUGUGAAUUUAAUGGUCAGAUGGCAAUUAACAAACAAAAUUCAUGGAAAAGAAAAUUCUACAAAAAUGUGAGAUGAGUGGCAAAAAUGCAGAAUCACAUUUAGGCCUUAAGUGACCAACAUAUAUGUAUAAAACAGUGAAAUGUCUGGAUUAGAAGAAAUACAACAGAGUGCAAUGUCAGGGUUGGAAGAAAGAGUAAAGCAUGAAGCGAUUUCUGGAGCAGAAGGAAAUCCAGACCCCGAUUCCUCCAGUAAGAUGAUUGUAGCUGCCAUGGACUUUGGAACCACAUACUCAGGAUAUGCCUUUAAGUUUAGGCACGAGGCGGCAAAGAAAAUGUACAUCAAAUCAUGGAAUAAAGAGGCUGGCAGUAGCUGUUUGCCCUCUGAGAAAGCUCCAACAUGUGUUCUCCUCAGAGGAAAUGGUGAAUUCAAGUCAUUUGGUUAUCAAGCAGAAACUGAAUACAGCGAAAUCGCGAGUGAUGGGCUGGAGGAAGACUGGCAUUUUUUCAGGCAUUUUAAGAUGCUCCUCCACAGUGAAGAAGGACUUAGCAAUGAGACAACCUUGACAGAUUCCAGAGGAUUCAAAAUGCCAGCAUUAGAUAUCUUCACACACUGUAUCAAGUACAUGAAAGAUGACUUACUAGAUAUUGUAAAAAAGAGAAAUGUUGAUAACCUGUUAACAGAUGAUAACAUUCUAUGGGUUUUAACAGUUCCUGCCAUCUGGGAUGAACCUGCAAAACAGUUCAUGCGAGAAGCUGCAGAAAAAGCGGGAAUCGAUGGCGAUAACUUGGUGUUGGCGCUGGAACCAGAGGCGGCGUCCGUCUACGUCAAAGAAAUGAACGUAGAAGUUCAGCAAGAGAUGAAUCAGUCCCGCCUGUCUGCCUUUUCUCCGGGAACCAAGUAUAUGAUCGUAGAUUUAGGUGGUGGAACUGUGGACGUAACUGUCCGGGAAGUCUUGGAUGACCGAUCUCUGAGGGAAAUUACGAAGGCCAGCGGCGGGGCGUGGGGAGGACUGCGAGUCAAUCAACAGUUUUAUCAGUAUAUUGAAGGGAUAGUCGGGAAGGAACUGAUGGAGAAACUUAAGGAGGAAUAUCCUGCGGCUCACCUAGACCUUGAGCGAGAGAUAGAACAGAAAAAGCGGAACUUACAAGGCGACGAAAAUAAGAAAAUUUCAAUAAAUCUUCCAGGAGAAUUGUUAGAUUUGUUUGAGAAUAGCAAAAAUCAAAAGUUGUCGGAUUUUGUAAACUCUUCGGAUCAUUACAAAGGGAAAGUGGAGAUGAGACAUGAAAAACUCCGAUUUGACCUUUCGGUAACCUUUUCCAUGUUUAAGCCCGCGGUAGAUAGUAUUUUGCAUCACAUUGGAGAAUUGCUUUCAGACUCAGUCACUAGUGGUUUACAAAAUAUAAUGCUUGUUGGCGGAUUCUCUGACUCCAAAAUUAUCCAGAGAACAGUAAAGGAGCGCUUUAAGGACUUGAGAGUUGUAAUUCCUCAAGAUGCGGGUCUAGCCGUCCUAAAGGGCGCUGUUUUGUACGGGGAGAACCCACUCAUUGUGUCAGAACGAGUCAGUCGAUUCACGUAUGGCACUAAACAGUUUCGUUAUUUUUUGGAUGGGGACCCUUCUGAAUUUAGGGAGGAGGUAGGGGGUGUACCAUACUGCAAGAACGUUUUUAACGUCUUAGCAAAAAGUGGUCAAACGUUCCGCGUAGGUCAAAAGGUCAACACAGAAGUCUCGCCAAUUAUACCAGAUAUGACGCGAAUGCCAGUUAUAUUUUGCCAGUCAAACAAUCCGGAGCAAAAAUACGUUGAUGAAAGUUGCAAAGAAAUUGGAACCUUAUUAGUGGAUAUGCCAGACACAACAGGUGGUCUUGACCGCAUUGUGGAUGUGUCCUUGACCUUUGGUGACACAGAGGUACAUGUAACGGGUACUGAUAGAUCUUCCAGGAAGAAAGUUUCUGUCUCGAUUGACUUAUUGAGGAGAAAUUAGAGGAAAUCCAUAAUUAUGGAUUAUUUAUUGAAUUUUUCUGAUUUUUACUUUCCUUUCCCUGAUUUUUACUCUAAAAUUGUCCUCCAUCGAUCUGACAGAUGCUUUUUUAUGGAGAACCGAAACUCGAUAGUUUUGCAUUCAAACACAGUCUAGUGCUAAUGCAGGGUUGUUUUUGUCACCAUUCUUUUCAGUCGCAAAGUGUCAGGGGGGGGGGGGGUCUCACAAAAUCCAUGGCUUUCAACGAUGGCUCAUGCUCAUUUUAAGUUUUGGUUUUAUUUCAAUAAAUUUUGUUAGGUAUUAUUUUAUUAAUUUUGUGAUUGCAAGAUCGAACAAGAAGCCCAGGGGCCAUAUUGCUUACCUGAGCACUUUGGCUAGGAAAAAAAUGAGUUCAAAGUUAAUUUAUAUAUACUGUAUAUC